AAAUUUCCUCCUCUAUUUUCAAGAUGGCGGCCGAGCCGCCAGCCAAGCUCGAUAACGAGUCAAGACGUUUAGUCAGCCAGAUAGUUGAACAUGUGAAGUCCCAAGGUAUAUUCGAUCAAUUCAGGCGUGACUGUAUUGAUGAACUGGAACAGAAGGAAUCUUAUCGGCAGUUGAAACAGCGGGUUGAGAGCCAUGUGGCAACGUUCUUGUCAAAACAAACAUGGACAGAUGCUCUGCCAAAAAAUCAAGUCAGAGACAGCUUGCGAAAACAUAUCAAUCAAUCAGAAGUGCUGGAGCGAGGCAUCAAACAACUUAUCGCACAGGCCUUGGAUAGCAAGGCAAAGGUGUUUCAGACCCGUAUUGAAGGUGUUGUACAGAACUAUAUUUACACAAAACAACAUCCACAAGCUCAAGAGAAACAAAAUCGCAAACAUAAGACAUUGGAUGAGAAAGAGGACAGUAAAUCAUCGAGUUCUGAUGCAAAGCACGAUGUUAUAUCCGACAUAAGCCAGCUUAUUCCAAUUCCAGGUCCACCAGCUACUGUUGCUAAGACAACGGAGGCUGCUGACAAGAAGUUGGGGGCUCAAGAAAGUACAAAGAGUGGUUCAAAAGGCUUUCAGGCAGUGAAGAAGUCUAACUCAGUGCAAGGGAAGUCUUUGUCACUUGCAGGACGAGGCGAGGAGACUAGAACUGGGAGUCCUGUCAAUGAAAGGCUCCAAGCAGACGACAGCAGCAGAGCUAAAGAAGGAAAGAGUAAGACCUCUAGAGUAAAAGCAGAAAGUUUGAGUCGAGAUGAUGGUCGCAAUUCUCCGAAAGUACAUGUAGAAGACAGCAGCCUCAAAAUGAGCAAGACAACCAGAGUGAAAGUGGAAAGCACCAGCCUUGGUGAGAAUUGUGCGCCGUCCAUGGUGGAGAACAGAAACAGUUUGAAAAAUCAAGGUGACAUUGCCAGCUUAUAUGCAGAGAAGAAUGAAAACUUGAAUCCAGUUCAUCUCUUACCAGCAGCUGAGAAAAUGGUUUUGGAAGAGAAGACUGAGAAAAUGAAUGAAAGUGAAAGUGCUGUCACUUGGGAGGCAAAGGUCAAAGUAAAAGAGGAAAAGGCCGAGACAUUUGAAAGAAAAGAACAAACAAAUUUAAGUAAGAAUCUACCACAUCAACAGAAAGAGGAAGUAAAAGCUGGAUCAGAGAUGAAGGUUUUAGAUGACUGUAUUAAACAAGAGCACGAGAAGAUUCUGUUGGAUGAAGUCCCAAAACUCGACACGGGAGCUCAAAGAAAUGAUAGCGUUCAGACAACAAAGAUGGUUGAAGAAAUACCUGAAGGACAGAGCGGAAAUGUCGUGAAGCCUGGUGUUGAUGGGGCAGUCCUAUCACAAAAUGAAAACAAAAUGCAAGAAAGCGUUGAAAGAUUGGAGCCAGUGAUGGAGCCAGCAGAAAGAGUGGAUAUGACAUUAGAUACCACAGGUGAAGAAAAAAGUGCAGCUGAAGGCGACGAGGUUACACAAAGCAGUGCUUCAGGACACAGUGGAAAGAAGGCGACUGAUCUUCCAACUGCUCUAGAUACCACUGAAAAAGCUAUUGAAGAGUCACCAUCACACGCCAAGUUAGGAAGUCUUGAGUUAAUCACCCCGAGUGAUACGUUAUCGAGGCACUCUUUGCCUAAUGAAAGCCAAGAACUCCAGUCCCAACAGAAAGAAAACCUUGUGAAAAGCGAGUCUGGUCUCGAAAAGCCGAGCUCAGUGGCUUCCUCUAUGGCACGAGAAGACUUGGGUCAGGUGUCUUCAACUGGUGAAUAUUCCGAUGGUGAAUCGGACAUUUCCGAGGUGUCAUCUGUUCACACUAGCGACUUGUCAUCAUUUGAUGGGGAGAUCAGUUCGGGGAGUGAGUCUUAUGAUGAAGAUGAUGGAACGCAAGAAGUCGACGAACCAGAGGAGCGCGAAAAACACACAGACGGAGAAAAAGAACAAGCAAACUUGCUUCAAAGCGAGCAGGAUUCCAAUACAAUGCCAAGGCGUCGUUCUACAAGAAUUAGCUCACGCAGAAGUACGAAAGAAGGUGAAAGCGAAAUCUCAGAGAAUGAAGCCAGUAGAAAAGAAAGCCGAGAUUCCUCCCGUAAACGAAGGCAUGGAGAGAAAAGAAAUAGAAAACCACGCCCUGAGAUUGUCAAAGGGCAACAGAGUGAAUUAGGUCUCGAUAAGCCUCGCAGAAGAGGUCGACCUCGCAAGGAUGAUAAGCGAACGUCUAGUAAUUCUGAUAGCCAGAUCAGGCGUUCUAGAACACAUCAUCGAGAAGAUGGUAGUACUGCAGCUGAAAGAAGUGGCAGUGAUUCCAGAGAAUCUAGGAGUACACGAUCUCAAAGACAGAUUAAACGAACUCGUUGCUAUUCGCCAAGUAGUGAAGGCACUAGAGAAGUGUUCCUGCCUCGUAAACGAAGCCGGGAUGAUCCCAUUUAGUCUCGCUAUUUCUCUUGCCACGUUUGGAGAGCAGAUGGAAUUUCUCUUCCCUCAAUUCCCUCAGGGUGUCACUAAGUAUUACUACAUUUGACAGUUACUUGAAAACCACUCAACACAUUAAAACUAGAGAAACUGUGUAUGAGGCUCCGAAUUCAUAAAAUGACCUCAGUGGCAGGCGACAUGAACCUUGAGCAACUUUUUUCAUCUUUGACUAAGAAGUAAGGCAAACCAGACUCAAAAGCGUGUACACGUGUAGUUUCUGUAAACCUGGUGGAUUUACAAUGGAAAAAUAAAGGUCUGUUAUCUUGUCAUCUGACUGGUUGCUUUUUUGCAGCAGGAAGGAGUUGGAGGCGGGGAGGUGAGUGGCAG